GGCACAUGCCACGUGUCAGGUGUCGUUUUAUAUCAUCAUCAAAGAUGUGUUGGUUCCAUAAUAAAGUUUCAAGCUUUGUCGUCUCUGUCCAACGUGUCAUGCUCUCAACCCUCAAAAAUAUCUUGCUCACAUUAAUUAACUUCUACCGACAUCAAACUUAAUUUAUAUCUUCACUCCCCCACUCCUUUUCUCUUACACUCUUUUCUCACUCCCAAUAAAGUCACUGAAAAAAAAAAGAAGAGAAGGGAAUAAAAACUAUAGGAAAACUCACUAAGAAGAAGAAGAAGAAGAAAUGGGAGAAGCAUUGUAUACCAUUAUUUCUCAAGUUCGUACAGUUGCUGGGCCUUGUUUGACAUUGCUUUAUCCCUUGUAUGCAUCUAUUGAAGCAAUGGAGAGCAUAACAAAACAUGAUAAUGAACAAUGGCUUGCUUAUUGGAUUAUAUACUCAUUCCUUGCUCUUAUUGAAAUCAUCAUCCAACCAGCUCUAGAGACGAUGUCUAUUUGGUAUGAUGCUAAGCUGGUAUUUGUGGGUUGGUUGGUUCUUCCCCAAUUCAAAGGAGCUGCUGUGUUGUACAAGAAAUUUGUGAGAGAACAAAUCAAAAAGUAUAAUAGCAAACAUGGUGGCCGUAACUUAUUCCAAGGAAGGAGCAAGUUUAUGGAUUUCAUGCACCACAAGAAAGAAGAGGUGCAGGAUUAUUAUGAUUAAAAAAGAAGGCAAAACUAAAUGCAUGGCUUGGAUUAAUAUUCCACUACUCUUGUUUUUAGGUCUAUGUUAUAACUAUUAUUGUUGGUUAUGUUAAUUAAAUGAUCUAUCUUUAACUUUGUGCAACUUACUCAAUAUUGUAAGGCUUUUGUGACCCUUAAUCCUCCUAAAAUAUUGUAAUGUUACAAAUAUUAGUCUUGUUUUGAUGUAAGAAAUCUUGUGAGA